CCUCCCAGCCCAAACCAGCUGGACCAGCUCUCCCGGUGCCUGACCGCAGCCCCCCCUCCUGCCAGCCAAGUCACAGCCUCCAGGGCACCUUCGGGCGGGCAAGCGGGUGGUGGGUCCUGAUCUCUCGGAGACCAGAACGUGGGAUUCUGGGCGGAGAUGGCCCUGCAGAGCCAGGUGUGGUCUCCGGCCACACCCAUGUUGAUACAGCGAUGACUGUCUACUAAGCGCCCUGCAGUACUACAGUCAGAUUCCAGUUUCCAGAGGGAGCCCAGAUGGGCCAAGGGUGGCCCUGGAGGCUGUGAAGCAGGAUCCUGGGAUGCUGCAAGGAGGACAACGAUGGGAGUAUCUCAGGCCCAUGGCCGAGAGCUCCCUCUACCGGCAGCGACUGGAGGUCAUCGCGGAGAAGCGGCGGCUGCAGGAGGAGAUCCGUGCAGCGCGCGGGGAGCUAGAAGAAGAGAAGCUCCGCGUGGAGCGGCUCAAGAGAAAGUCUCUUCGGGAGCGGUGGCUAAUGGAUGGGACCGAGGGACAUGAGGGACCAGAGGACACCACCUUGCAGGACCCUCAGUCCCCUGAGGGCCAGGCACAGGCCCGCAUCCGGAACCUGGAAGACAGCUUGUUCACGCUCCAAUCUCAGCUGCAGCUGUUGCAAAGUGCGUCCACAGGUGCCCAGCACAAGCCCUCUGGCAGACCCACCUGGCGCAGACAGGGUCACCGUCCACUCUCCCAGCCCACUGACGAGGCAGACCAGACUGAUCUGAACAAGAGAGCCUCCCUGCCAGCAGAACCAGUGGGCACGUCCCUGGAGUACCUGUCUGAGUCCAGAGAUGAGGCUCUUGGGGUUCUGCCAGCAUCAAGGAGGGUCCCUGGGGCAGCAGGGGCCUCCUCAGAAGCCAAUGGCCCCUGCCCCAGACCCAGCCCCACUCCGGAGCAGGAGCAGAGUCAGCUGGUGACAGCAUCUGAAGGAGGGGUGAAUGAGGCCAAAGGAGGGGGCAUGGUGAAAGUGGUGUGGCAGGGGCUGCGGGCCACAGAGGACUGUGCCAGGGAAGCCACUGGCCCAGAGCUGGAGGCUAAGGUGGAAGAGCUGGUGCUGGAAGCCAUUGGUGACAGGCUGGAAGCCAUUGGUGACAGGCUGGAAGCCAACCACCCAGAGCUCCCAUCCUGGGUGAAGGAGAAGGAAGACAGGGGUGUUGUGGAGGUGGUCUGGGAAGGGGUGGGAGGCACAGAGGGCAGUGACUCAGAGGCUGCAGGGGAGACAGGCAGGGGCCCACAGACUGCACAGACCAGCUCACUGAAGCUCCAGGAGGGACUAGUGGGAACAGCUUCUGGAGAAGGGGAAGGGGCCCUCAGGGGCAGCCCUGAUAGCUUCAGGCAGGGGGGCUCUGGAGGGGAGGAGGGAUCCUUCAUUUGGGUGGAGAGGGUGACCCUCAGUGAGGAAUGGGAGGAACUGCAGGUGGAGGGGUUGGAAGGGCCGAGGGCACUGGGAAGGGAGGGAGGAGAUGAGAAUCCUCCGGAGGUGGAGAGUGGGAGAGGGGGGGAGACCUGGGAAGUGGAGAGGAGACAGGCAGAGGAAUCUGUGGGCACAGGGAAGAAAGAAAGUGAGGAAAAGGCAGGGGCAGAGUCGGGGGGCGUGGAGAUGUCAGUGGUAGUGGAAAGGAAAGGAAGAGAGGAACCUUUGAAGCCAGAGAGGAGAGAAGGUGAGGAAAAGGUGGAGACAGAGAAGCAAGGUGGUGAGGAAGCACUGUCAGCAGAAAGCAAGGAAACAGAGGAACCUUUGAGGGCAGAGAGGGAAAGAGGUAAGGAGCCAUUGGGAGCAGAGCAGAAUGGAGGUGAGGAAAAGCUGGAGGCAGAGAAAGAGGCUGAGGAACCAUUGGGAGUAGAAAGCAAGACAGCUGAGGGAUCAUUGAGGGCAGAGAAGGAAAAGUUAGGGGCAGAGAAGAAAACUGAGGAAUCAUUGGUUGUAGAGAAGAAAGGAGAUGAAAAAAAACUAGAGGCAAUUGAAGAACCAUUGAUGACAGAGACAAAGGGUGAGGAGUCACUAACAGUAGAGAAAGCUGGAGAUGAAGAGCCAUUGGAUGCAGAGAAAAAAGAGGAGGAAUCGGUGAAGGCAGAGAAAACAGGAGGUGAGGAACCAUUGGAGGCAGAGAAGACCCAAGAGGUCAAGGAAGAUGUGAGUCUAGAAGAGCAGAGAAAGUCAAGAGGAAAAGAAGGUCAGACAGAGGAGGUGAGUGAGGCAGCAGCUCCCCUGGAGGCCAAGGAAGAGUUAAGGUUGGAGGAGGAAGGACCACAGCCACCUGUGGGGAGCAAGGAAGAGCUAAAGUCGGAGGAGGAAGCACCACAGCAACCUGUGGGGGCCAAGGGAGAGCUAAGGUCGGAGGAGGAAGGACCACAGCAACCUGUGGGGGCCAAGGAAGAGCUAAAGUCGGAGGAGGAAGGACCACAGCAACCUGUGGGGGCCAAGGAAGAGCUAAAGUCGGAGGAGGAAGGACCACAGCAACCUGUGGGGGCCAAGGGAGAGUUAAGGUCGGAGGAGGAAGGACCACAGCAACCUGUGGGGGCCAAGGAAGAGCUAAAGUCGGAGGAGGAAGGACCACAGCAGCCCCAGGAGAAGCAGAAAGGCUCCCUGGAGAAAGAAGCAAUGAAGCCCCAAACCCCUGCUGAGGGCCAGGACACCUUGGGAGAUGCCGCCCCCCUCUUGGCAGAGACCCCAGCUCCCGAGCAGCCCACCGAGUGCCAGCCACUGCUUCUAGUGGAGGAGCCCAGGGCCAACCCCAGUGCCCACCCCGUGCCCACCUAUGCACCUGCCCAGCAACCUGAGCCAUCUGCUCCUCCUGAAGGUGAAGAGGCAAGUGGCCCUAAGCAAAAGACGUGCCAGUGUUGUGCGGUGAUGUGAGCCUGUGCCCUCCACCCCACGCCUCAUUCCUUUCACAGCUACCUCGGCCUCUUGGCAUCCAGCAGAGGGUCCCAGGCACAGACAGGGCAAAUGAGACUGGCCAUGGCAUCUGGGAGCCUGCUGGCCCACACAUCCACCUCUACCUGGGCUGCCAGAUCCCUUGCCCACUGCCUGUAACCCUGGCCCCCUUCUCCAACUAAGCCUUUAUACUUGAAAAUAAAACGUUAAGGCAUUGGGAUAGCUUAAAUGUG